AUGGAUGCAUCCCAUGGACACACUGAUAGGAAUCCCGAUCACAUCACCUGCAUCAUGUCUCAGAAAAAGCUGUCUGGAGCAAAUUCAGCCCCCAGGCUUGUUGUCAAGAUUAUAGGCAGCAAACAAGUCAAGCAGUUUAUUGAGGAGCCCAAAGAAGAUUCUGGGGAGAUGGCACAGAAAGAAGCAAAUCCUCCAGCUGAAGCUGCACUUGGUGAUUUCAAGAAAACUCCAGAAAACCAAGAUGUGACGGUGUCCAGGUCUCACAGGCAGGUGCAGCACCGAGUGGACUCCGCACUAUGGGCUGUGAUCAACCAGGUUCCUGACAGGCUGUGUGUAACAGCGCCCUCUGGUGAUCGCUCCAGGUCCUACAUUCACCCAAAGACUCCUCACAGCUCUGAUCCCUGUGCAGCUGAAGGGCCGCAGACAACAGAACAGACAGCCGCGUCUGAGGACAGAGAUAAGGCCGAGCUCUCCUCGGCUGUCAGAGAGGAGUUGUCUGAUUGGCGGCUCUCCUGUCUGAGAUCAACAGAGGACGAAGUGGCAGCUCUUGAUCUCACCUGCAGUGGGACGCUGAAUCGAUCUGAGAUCACUCACCUGUUUCUGAGAAAUGACGUUCCACUGAAAUUACCAACGUUUUCUCUGCUUCUGCAAAUGUUCUCUGAUAAAAAUGAUCCAGUCCAGAUUCAUUACAGAGACCUCCUGCAGUUCAUAUUAAGUUCUGCUUUCCCUGAGGAACUCCACAAUGACAGUGAGCUUCAGUGAAGCUGAACCAGAGGGGCAAAGCUUCCUCACAACGCUGACAUCACGAAUCUGAGGCAACACACAGCAAGAAACCAUCUGACCACGGCUCUGCAACACCUCAAAGGACUACAAUUCAGUAUAUGUUGUGACAUAAUUUAUCAUGUAUGACUGAGAUUGUGCUACUAAUUUAAUAUACAUGAUAGUUACAGUAAACUUAUUGGCACACAUUUUGUAUAGAGUAACCUGCUAUUGUUUUUCCUUGCACUGGCCUGCUUAUCAGGGCACUCAAGGACACUUCAGCAUCUGGACAAACUGGUCAUCAACUGUUUAAAGACCCAAGAGCCUUAGUUCACCUAAUUUACAAUUUUAUAAUCAAUUACCUCAUUGUCUUUUAGUGCCAUGUCAAACAUACAUAAAGUAGUUAUGUUAGUUGAGGGUGAAAUGUUAACUGCAAUUGACACCCACCAUGUUGCAAAGUGUUGCGCUAUUUCAUGUGCAAUAACUGACAACCAUAGGGCACACUAGAUGUAUCAUACAGACUGAAGCAGUUAGUUCUGAUCUGGGGAGCCAAUGUAG